AUGAAGUAUUUUCCAAAUAUUGUGUUUAAUGGAACAAACUACUUGGAAUAUGUUGAUCUUUCAGGUAUCGACUCAACUCUGUACUCAGGAAGGAAGAAUAUUCCUUUGUUUAAAGAAUCAAAGACUUUGAUAUUAAAACAUUCAAGGCUUGAUUUGACACUAAGAAGAAGUAAGAAAAUAUUUAGUCUUGUGCCAACGGUAAAAAGAUUGGAUAUAUCAUAUAACCACUUAUGGUUUCUACCAAUUGACGCAUUCAACUCGAACAAACACUUACGACAUCUUGAUAUGGGAUUCAACUUAUUUUCUGAAGUACCAAUAGCUUUGUAUACAUUGCCAAACCUUGAAGUUCUCAUUCUAGAACAUAAUAAUCUUCAAACCAUCAAUAAGACGUUUCAGCAAUUUUUCGAUGUGAGAUAUGAGCGAAUUGGUGCUUCAUUUCAACUGAAACUUUCUGGAAAUGUUUUUAGAUGUAGUUGUGAAAAUUCUGACUUCGUGUUAUGGAUUUCCAAAACAAUGAUAAAACUUGAUAAACCUGCGAGAAACUAUACAUGCCAGUUGGAAAAUGGAACAUAUACUAAUACAAAAACAGCGGCAGAUAAUUUCCAUGAAUUUUAUGGUCAUUGUGAAAAUAAAGUUUGGCUCCGAGUUGGUAUAUGUUUACUCGUGAUAUUCAUUACAUUUACUACUCCUAUUGCAGUCAUAGUUAAUUUCAGGUGGCGAAUAGCAUAUUGGGUAUAUCGGGUUUGUAAAAGAGUUGUUGAAAAUGACUUAAGGUCAAAAUUCAAAUACGAUAUUUACUUAUCAUACUCAGAUGAUUGCUUCGAUUGGGUUAAAGAAAUGUUAAUACCUAAAAUUGAGAACACAUGGAAAAUGACAAUGUGUAUAGAGGAUCGGGAUAUUUUGGCUGGAAUUAUCCGAUCUGAUGCCAUUUCACAGUCUAUUCAUGAAAGUAAAAAUAUAGUAUUUGUCAUUUCCAAAUCAUUUACCGAAAAAACAUGGGGAAAGUUCGAGAUUCAAAGAGCAAAGUAUGAAAAGUACACUGGACAUCUGCAGCGUAUAAUUGUCAUAACCAGAAACGUCCAAGUAGAAAACUGCCCAAUCGAAUUCGAUCGUAUUCUCGAUGAUGUCUUUCUUGUGAAUUGGUCAGAUCAGGAAAUUGAAAAUGGCUGGGACAAGUUGAGAAUGGCGUUGUUUUCGGACUAUAGUUAACUUCAACAGUUUUACUGCAGAUUUAAAACAGGUUAAUCCAUUUGUAGUUUUAUAAGACUGAUGCCUUGAAGUACAGCUGCACUUGUUUUUAAAAGGCCUGCAAAAGUUUUCAAACUGUAUUUUGGUAUAUAAGAAGAACUUAUUGUGCUGUUCAAUAAGGCAUCAGAUUGACACUACUUUCGAGCAUAUUUUAUUACUUUUUUUUUUUCACUUUUUAAACAAUCGUGCAAUU